AUGAACGCCCCUUUCGGUCGAAUCUGGCUGGGGCUACCGCUGCUCUUGACCUGGCUCAGCCCUGAGGUCAGCUCUUCAUGGUGGCAGAUGAAAAUCACAGGUGACUCCUCCAGGGUGAUGUGUGACAAUGUGCCCGGACUGGUGAGCCGCCAGCGUCAGCUGUGCCACCGACACCCGGACGUGAUGCGUGCCAUAAGCCAGGGUGUGGCCGAAUGGACAGCAGAGUGUCAACAUCAGUUCCGCCAGCAUCGUUGGAACUGCAACACCAUGGACAAGGAUCACAGCCUCUUUGGCAAGGUCCUGCUCCGAAGUAGUCGGGAAUCUGCCUUUGUUUACGCCAUCUCCUCAGCUGGAGUUGUAUUUGCCAUCACCAGGGCCUGUAGCCAAGGAGAAUUAAAAUCCUGCUCCUGUGAUCCAAAGAAGAAGGGAACCACCAAGGACAGCAAAGGCACCUUUGACUGGGGCGGCUGCAGUGACAACAUUGACUAUGGCAUCCGCUUUGCCCGGGCAUUUGUGGAUGCCAAGGAAAGAAAAGGAAAGGAUGCCAGAGCCCUGAUGAAUCUUCAUAACAACCGAGCUGGCAGGAAGGCCGUGAAGCGCUUCUUGAAGCAAGAGUGUAAGUGUCACGGUGUGAGCGGUUCAUGUACACUGAGGACCUGCUGGCUGGCCAUGUCUGACUUCAGAAAGACGGGCGAUUACCUCUGGAAGAAGUACAAUGGGGCCAUCCAGGUCGUCAUGAACCAGGAUGGCACAGGGUUCACCGUGGCUAACAAGAAGUUUAAGAAGCCGACCAAAAAUGACCUCGUGUAUUUCGAGAAUUCUCCAGACUACUGUAUCAGGGACCGAGAGGCAGGUUCCCCGGGUACAGCGGGUCGUGUGUGCAACCUGACUUCUCGAGGCAUGGAUAGCUGCGAGGUCAUGUGCUGCGGAAGAGGCUAUGACACCUCCCACGUCACCCGGAUGACCAAGUGCGAGUGUAAGUUCCACUGGUGCUGUGCCGUGCGCUGCCAGGACUGCCUGGAGUCCUUGGACGUGCACACGUGCAAGGCUCCCAAGAGUGCUGACUGGACGAAUCCCACAUGA